AUGAACGGUGGCCGGUGGGUUAAGACUUGGGGUUUGCACUUUGCAACUCGCAACCUGCCAAAUGCCAACCUGGCAAAGAAUUUCGUUCCCCUUACGCCAAUUUACAAAAGCAUUCUGGAGUGGGGCCCACGUGGGCCCCAAGAGUGGCUGUUUACGAAAAGCCUAGCGUUAGGCUUUAAACCCAAAAAAAACUCCUGCCCCCCAGCGUACCCAGAAAUUCAAAACAGAGCUCAAUACGUUGAAGAUCAAGAAGAUUUGUGGGAGAGGAGCCCUAAUGUUGUGAUAGAAUGA